ACAACCGUCGGCUUUGGUACUGUCCGGCUCGGGGCAGCUGGAUUCGUGAAGCUGGCAAAGGAGCUUCCUGCGUGGAUGGCGCGUGGUCUCGAGGAGCUCGUGCUUGAAAAUACCGAGUUAACGGACGCGGUCAUUUUUGUGCUUGCCGCUGCCCUCGCUUCGGGCCGCAACACUCUCUUGCUGACGCUCCAAUUGCACAACAACUGCCUCACGACGGCGUCCGUGGCGCUUCUUCUGAGAACGCUCGGCGCGUGCCAGAACGUCACUCUCAAGUUGGACCUGAACGAGCUACCUUCGUCCAUCGAAGACCUCGUCGAGCGGCACCAGCUUGUGCAGUCGUCGCCCGGCAUCUUCGAGUCGCCGCGCGCCGCGUCACAGUAACUUGCAAUGGAACC